AUGCCAAAUGACACAAAGUCAGACGAUGCGGUGGCGUUGGAGGAGGAGGAGGAGGAGGAGGAGGAGGAGGAGGAGGAGGAAGAGGAGGAGGAUGGAAGUGGGGGUUCAGGAAGGCGGUCCGAAUUACUUGACGGCAUAGAGAACGGGGAAGAGGUGGACGAAAGGACGACGGUUAGUUCGGUCCGAGUGGUGCAGUUGAUCCGAAGGUGUUUAACAAGUCCAUUUCGCUCCCGGAAUGUCCACUGACAUCGUGGGCACGUCGGGGGCAGUUGUGCGUUGGCAGUGCCCAGUGGACGCAACUGAUACUUGCGUGCUUCGUGUUUGGCCUUCGCCUCGCUAAUGCGGUUGGCUUCGUAGAUCGCAGUGCUCGUCUUCACCGUCCUCCUUCAUGUCGGUCGGUCUCGGACGAGGUCUUCCCAGUUGGGCGGAUCGAUUUGCAGACAAUUCAGGGAGGACUUAAGGGUAUCCUUGUAACGGCGAAUCUGGCCUCCUUGACGGCAAGAACCCGUGGCGACGUCUCCACAGAAGAGAUGUUUGGGUGGCCGCUCGUCGUCCAUGCGCACCAGAUGGCCGCUGCAACGUAACUGCAGUUGUCUCAGCAUGCGUAGAUGCUGAGGAUUUCCAUCCGUUCCGGUACAUCGGUGUCUGGGAUUCGGUCCUGCCGCCUAAACUUCAGUAUCCGGCGAAGACAAAUGAAGUGGAAUAGAUUGAGUCUGCGUUCCUCCUUCGUGUACACUGUCCAAGUCUCUGCUCCAUACAGCAACGUCGGGAGGAUGACGGCCUGCUACAUCUUCAGCUUCGCGAUGAGCUGGAGACCGUGGCCAUUCCAAACUGUUCUUUGAAGACGGUCAAAUGCCUGGCUGGCCUUCGAAAUCCGGCGAGCUCCUUCGUCGUUGAUGUUCGUUCUGCGGGAGAGCGUACUGCCUAG